AUGGAGAGCAUUUCGAUCGGUGCUGAAGCAACAGUUUAUAAAAAAAACGGAUACAUUGUGAAAGUAAGACACCCUAAGGCGUAUAGAAUAGAUGCAAUAGACAAAAGCAUACGCAAAACAAGAACACGCUUUGAGUCCAAGCUUCUCAAAAAGAUAGAGCACUUGGGCAUAGCACCAAAAGUCCUCUCUGAUGAAGCAGCACAAAAUACGCUCAGCGAGCAUAAAAAAGACGGGGUUACUCUAGACUGUGCGAUUGUCAUAGAGUGUCUGCCCGGCGCUACGCUAAAAGAGUGUCUUAUGUCAGAGAACAAAGAAAAUACAUAUUUUGAUCUGUUGCUCAGAGUGUACGAGUGCAUAGGAUUACUGCACAGCAGCCAUGUAGUCCAUGGUGACUUAACUCCGAAUAACAUUCUUGUAGAUGGCCAGGACGUAAAGAUAAUAGACUUUGGCCUUGGGAAAAUAACAAACAAGGUAGAGGACAAAGCUGUGGAUCUGUAUGUCUUUGAAAGAACAAUGGCCUCACUUGUGAACAUAUCUGUAGAUGCACGGGUUGAUGAUCUCUUAUCUGUAUAUGUAAAAAAUAACACUGAAAACGGAAAAGAUGUGCUAAAUAAGCUGAAAGAGGUAAGAAGAAGAGGCCGAAAAAGAGAGCUCAAUGCAGUGGGGUGA